GUUAGCGUUGUUCUCAGAUAGGUGCCCAGUUAGCUAGCUGUUAGCUCUGCACUGCUGGCAAUUGAUGUUUCUGUGAAAAGUUCUUCCUAUUUGUUGGAGCAUCACCGGAAACAGACUGAAAGCAGGCACACUUGAGCUGUCGUCUGGUCCACAGAAGCCUGACAGCAGCUGCUAUGUUGGCCAGGACAGCCCUGAGCAGAGGCGUUACCACCUACCGCCUCGCCAAAAAUGUCACCUUGUACAUGAGUGAGUUCACUUCUCCAGCCACAGGGUGUCAUAAGCAGAGCUCUGAGGAUCAUAAACCCCUGAUGCUGAUGUUGCCCUGGUUGGGUUCACGUCCUCAAUCUGUGGCCAAGUAUUGUGAAAUCUACUUUCGCACCGGCUUCGACGUGCUGGUGGUGGAGAGUGAGGUUAAAGAGUUCCUGUGGCCUCGCUGGAGUCUGGAUCGUGGAAAGAACCUGCUGGAGCUGCUGCAGAGUGAUCGCUUUGUGUCCCGCCCUCUAGUUGUCCAUGCCUUCUCUAUCGGUGGCUUCACGUUUGCUCAGAUGCUGGUACAUAUAUCCCGGGACACACAAAAAUAUCAGCCGCUCGCAGAGAGGAUCAAGGGCCAAGUCUAUGACAGCUUGGUGGUAGGAAGUCUGGAGACAAUGGCCACAGGUCUCGCUAAGACUGUAUUUCCUCGUUGGGAUAGACUGGUGAAAAAAAUAAGCCUGUUAUACUUUGACAUUUUCAAAAAGCAAACGGUGGACUACUUCAACGUCGGCAUCGAUGCUUUUUGGAACUCUCCCAUCACUGCUCCUGCACUGUUCUUCUUUUGCGAAAACGACGUGAUGAGCGACGCAAGAACUUUGGAGGAAUUGAUCGAUUACUGGCGGAAGCGUGGAAUAGACGUGACGGCAAAGAAGUGGGAAGAUUCAACACAUGCAGGUCACCUAAAGAGACACCCACAGGAGUAUCUGACAUCCGUGGACGUGUUCCUUCAAUCACUCCGCAUUGGCCCACUGAAGGCAAAAAUGUAAAACCGUUUCAUUCCAGCCUAACUGGACUUUGCCUGUUUUCUGUGCUUUGACUCCAAAUGUUUGUUGGCGUAUGAUGUGUUACUAGACUAACAAUAUGGUCCGCUUGCAGUUGUUUUCAGUUGUAUUUCCAGUUCAAGGCUUCAGUAUGGCCACUUCGGAUAACUUUAAUAUAAUAUGAUAAACUGCACAUACAAAGAGUCCUUUUGUCUCACAGAUUCUUUAAGUGAAAUAUCCAGAACUUGAAAUGGAGACAAUCACGUGUUUAUUUAUGUACUGUAUAGCAACAGUGGCUUUAACCUUCGUGGUUAAUGAUGUUUAAUCUCAGGAUGUAAAGUUAAUGUCUGUUUGGAGUUAGCUGCAUAUCGAAAUUGCACAUUUACAUUUGUCACAACUGUGAUGUCAUUCCAUUGGACACUACAUAGGUCAUAGGAUUUUUUUUCAGAAUGCAACGUCUCAUAUUUACAAAGAUCAUUGAUUCUUUUAAUGGUCUGUUAACUUCAAGAAAAAUAUGUCUGGAUUCUGCCAUGUUGGAGCUCGUGAACAAUGCUAAAGAAACACGUUAUAACCCUAUUUAUUUUAUUUAUCUUCCUACUAGGGGGUGAGCAAUAUGUUUGGUUUUUUUUUUCAGGGCUGACUCUAAUACAGAUAAUUAAUGAUCAAGGAGACGGAUCCCUGAUAUUUGGAAGUGAUGCACAUAUGCAGUAAAAGUGAAGUCCUAGAAUAUCACAAACUCCAACAUAAAACGUUGAAACGUUCAUAAUUUAUUGCAACAGUUUUUGGGUGCUAGUUUUGCUUGACACUAACUUGUGGUGUCAGUAAAUGAAGUGUAUGUUUUUCAGAUAGAAGGUUUAUUGCUAUUAAAGCUGGGGUAGGCAGUUUUUAUUGGCUUCUGUAAAUAUGUUCAAAUCAACAGUGCCUUUGUAAUGGAAGUUUUCUAUGCCUGUACAUUGCUCUAGCUAAAGACCGUUCACCUGUUUGCCUUAAUGACCUCGCUGCUCAUGCACUUCUUGAAAGAACAGAGAGGAAGAACUUUCUUGUAAAUCCGAAUGCACGUCUCAUAAAGUAGACGCACACUAUGUCUCACUAUGUCUUGAAGGUUUUUUUUUUUUUGUCUUAACCGCAAUUGCAUCGGCACACCUACAGUUAAGAGCUUGUUUAGCUGCAGGGAAGAUGACCUAAUCUGCCCGGCAACUGUUCGUUUUGCACAUCAGGAAGACCGCACCUUCACUGAAUAAAAGUAACUCAGUUGUGCUCUCCUGCAGACUGCUUUGCACUUUGUAUGACCUGUGCCUUUGAAGAUUCAAAUAAAAUAGAACAAAGACAACUCAGACUUCUGGAUUUUAUUUAAUGAUAGUAAAAUUUCCACAACACCUUCACAAAACACCAAAGCUGCAAGGAACUGGCAGGACUUGAAAACUGUUCAAAUUUCGUAGUUAUUGUUGUUUUAAUCAUUUACAAAUAAAAGGUUUAUUGAAGGUGGUGGUUGACCAUCUAAUGGUACCUAUUACAUAAUAUAAUGACGCACUGUGUCAACACAUAAAUGUUUCUCAUGUGUGACAGAAACUGACAACAGUUUAUGUGAAAAUGUUUUCCUUUCAUGCAGUUUGAAAAUGAAUAUGAAGAUGCCUUAUUUGAAGUGUGAUUUUGUUUUUUGUUUUUCCAGACUCACUUAUUAAAAUUUCAGAUGUAUUUAAAAGGAAUCAUCGUCUGUUUUGUACGAAAGUGCUAAAGCCUAAAUGGGAAACACUAAAGCCUAUUGAAAAAAUGCUGCAGCUGCAGUGCCUUAAAUGACGCUGCACUAAGCAAGAAAUAAUGCUGACUUUCUGAUUGGUGUCGAAGACAAUGGGCUUGGGUUUUUUUGGGGGAAAGAGGGGAGUUGGCAAACGUAUAUAAGGUCAUGUAUUGUUGGCUAGCCAAAUCUCGAGAUUUUGCUCAUGUUUGUUCAUGCAGCCUCUGUAUCGAAUAAACAUUAUUCACAUCAGA